AUGUCCGGACUAGAAGUCAUCGGUGUUGCUGCCAGCAUUCUCCAAGUCGUAGAACUUGGCACGCAUCUCUCAAUUAAGCUCUAUACAUUCUGCCGCAGACUCAAAGACACAGACCAGCGCAUCCAAAGCCUCUCCAGUGAUGUUGCCUUGACGUGUAAUGUUCUACGUCAAUUAGGCGACAGCCUCCGACAGGAUGAGGAUGCUAAACUCUAUUCUAUAGAGGCAUUUGCUACCGCCCAACAAGUGCUAGGAGAAUGUAGAAAGGUGUUCCAACGGAUCAGCGAUGCGGUGGAUUAUCCCGACCAGAAAGCCACGAAAGGCCUUCUCCAGAAGGCAGCAAGAAAGGUCGGGUUCCUGUGUAUUGAGGAAGACCUGGAGGUUCUCAGAGUCAACUUGGAGCGCCUGAAGUCAACCAUGCUUCUGAUGCUUAACGUAAUCAUGUAUGCUGGCCAGCUGCGUAGUCGAGCAGAAUCGAGCGUCCUCGAGGAGCAGCGAGAGCUGAUUCGCACACUUGUCGGGGAGAAGAAAACGUACGAAACUCAAUUUGAACGUUUGACAAAGGCCUUGGAGUCUGCCAAAGUUACGGAUAACCAGCCGAACGAAUCCCAGCUACCGGCCUCUCUUACCAUGACAUUUGCAUGCGAUGAUGCUCCAUUAACGAACAAAUUACUGUCGUCGCAGCUGCGAGAGUACGACGCCUUAGUGAAGAAAGUCCUGUCCGAGAUUGACGCCUAUCAGUCUAAAAUCGAAUAUGAUCAAUAUCGUCGAAUGAUAGACGACAUUCUACAAUGCUAUUACUCGGAAAUUAGCCACUGCGAAGCUCGUCAUGGUCAGCGAGUUGCACCGUGGUUCUGGGAACAAUAUUCUAUACUCUGCAAAGAGUAUGCCGUGACUUUUUCCAAAUUCGACCAGCGGGCAAUAAGAAGCAGGCGUACAAAUGUGGAUUACGUUGCUUCAACUUCAGAAAGUGGCUAUGAACAGGGCUCUGUUGACCGGUUGAGGUCACGAAUCAAUGAAAAUAUAAGCAUCAAGCGGAAGAAGCAGUAUAUCGAGUCUGCACCAUUCCAACAGCCAUCCAACCCAUUUAGUUAUGUGCAACAACCGGUCGGAGCUCAUGAAAUCACUGCAGAAAUACCCCCAUUGCCUCGACCCCCCUUUUCAGAACCAUCAAGGCCAAUGCCCCGGUGCGCGACAGGGAGUGCGGCAGUUGAAAUCUACCCGAAAAGGCCAGGUGGUUUUCCCAGGGGAGGCUAUGUAAAGACGAGAGAUACAGAUGACGUGGAGGCGUUUUUGAUGAAGUGGACAACUUUGAUUGAGAGUGAACCUGAUCAAUGA